GCGCACACCAUUCCAAGAGCGCAACAUGCGAACAUAUGAGCCACUCUAUGUUUGAGCCCGAUAUUUCAAAACAGUUACGAGAGAUAUAGGUAAUAGACAAUUCGACAGAGUUGAGACGCACUGUGAUAACCUCGACGGAAUGAAAACACCUAAAUCUCUCUUUUCGACUGGCGAUCUUGCAGCACUUACCAGUGCGCCUUUUGCAUCUACUUUGGAUUUGGAAACAGAGGGAGAGACUUCGCUGCCUGCCGCUGACUAAACACCAUUUAGUGAUGUGGAUAUUUCACCUGCUUCCCGUGCUCUGUGUUUGGCUUAACUUUCAGAGUGUGUUUGGCACAACGGAGGACACUUAUGAGCGUCCUUACGUGUGUCCUCCGAUGUGUGAGUGCUUCUUCACCAGCAUCACAUGUAAUAACAGGACAGAGCAUGCCGCUACUUUGACUCAAAAGAAACCUGACAAAGAUAUAAAUCUUAUGGGCAUAUCUCUGAGGGUCAUCAGCAGCCACAGCUUUGAUGGACUGCGAGAGGUGAUGAGCAUAUCGAUAACGCAGAGCAUCACACUGGAAAGGAUACAACCCUUAGCAUUCAACAGUCUCUAUAAUCUCACAGCUAUCACUAUCAAAAACACAAGGAACCUGGUGUUCAUCGGCCAACGGGCGUUCAACAACCUCCCAAAGUUGAAACAUCUAGUCAUUUCAAACACUGGAAUUACGGUAUUCCCUGAUUUCAGCGCAGUCUCUUCUAAUCACAGAUUCGAACUCUUGGAAAUGUGUGAUAAUCUCCUCCUGACUUCAAUACCACCAAAUGCGUUUCUUGGAAUAAACACUAGAACCAUGAAUCUCUAUAACAAUGGUUUCAAAGAGAUUCGAAGCCAUGCCUUCAAUGGGACAAAGAUAGAACAACUUUCCUUGAAGCACAACAGACACCUGCGUGUGAUUCCCAGAGAGGCCUUUAGAGGAGCCACAGGCCCUGUCUUGCUGGAUGUGUCGUCAUCAGUGCUGGAGACCUUACCACCCCACGGCCUUGAGUCAGUUGAAGUGCUGGUUGCAGAGAAAGCAUUUGCGUUGAAGAGACUUCCGGAUUUCGACAUCAGCCUCCCAAGCCUCAGCGAUGCCAGGCUGACCUAUCCCAGCCACUGCUGUGCUCUGUACGUCUGGGACGCUCAAAGGGAAUCACCUCUAAUUGCUGCAAUGAGCAAUGGGUCCAUAUCCUGGGAGAAAGCUUUAGAACAAUAUCCAGACCUAGACCCUGUCAAGCCUCCCCUGAAGUGCACUCCAGAGCCUGACGCAUUCAACCCCUGUGAGGACCUGGCGCGUGGAGGCUUCCUGCGUGUGGCUAUCUGGUUAAUCAACAUCCUGGCCAUCAUUGGCAACCUGACCGUCCUGCUGGUGUUCUUCACCAGUGGCACCAAGCUGACAGUCCCACGCUUCCUGAUGUGCCACCUGGCCUUCGCCGACCUCUGUAUUGGCAUCUACCUGCUGAUGAUUGCGGCUGUGGACCUGCGGACUCGCGGGCGCUACAGCGAGCACGCCAUCGAGUGGCAGACGGGCGCCGGCUGCAACGUGGCGGGAUUCCUGGCCGUGUUCGGCGGCGAGCUGUCCGUCUACACGCUCUGCAACAUCACCCUGGAGCGCUGGCACACCAUCACCCACGCCAUGCGGCUGGAGCGCCGCCUGGGGCUGUCGCACGCCACCGCCAUCAUGGCCGCCGGCUGGCUGAUGUGCCUGACCGUGGCGCUGCUGCCCCUGGUGGGCGUCAGCAGCUACGGCAAGGUGAGCAUGUGCCUGCCCAUGGACAUCGAGACGCCGCUGGCCCAGGCCUUCGUCAUCCUGCUGCUCCUCCUCAACGUGGCCGCCUUCCUGGUGGUGUGCGUGAGCUACGUGUGCAUCUACGUGGCCGUGCACAACCCCGAGUUCCCGGGCCGCAACGCCGACACCAAGAUCGCCAAGCGCAUGGCCGUGCUCAUCUUCACCGACUUCCUGUGCAUGGCGCCCAUCUCCUUCUUCGCCAUCUCGGCCGCCUUCAAGGUGCCCCUCAUCACCGUCACCAACUCCAAGAUCCUGCUGGUCCUCUUCUACCCCAUCAACUCGUGUGCCAACCCAUUCCUGUACGCCAUCUUCACCAAGGCCUUCCGAAAGGAUGCCUGCAAGCUCCUGCGUUCCAUGGGCUGCUGCAAGAGCAAGGCAGGCCUGUACCGCAUGAAGAGGUACUGCUCUGGGAAAAUACUCCAAAACCGCUCAGACGGGGGGCACAAGGGCCCAGGGGUGCAACACGGGUUGCCAACCGUUCCGUAUAAUACGGAAUCGUCCCGUAUUUGACACAUAAAAGUCUUGGUCUUGUUCCGUGUUGGAUACUGAUACGGAACGCUCUUUGUUCCGUGUUUUUGAGAAACUGCUCAAUGCACACACACCACCAUGAAAAACAUACACACAAAAAAAACUAAAAGCCUACACCCUAACGACAACGGGUUUUGUGCUUUUAAUUCACGUCUUUCAUAUCAAUGUGCAACAAAUCCGUUUGCUGGUUGUUUCUGCUUCGCGUCGGGGUCCGGUUGGCCCUGUCGGUGCUUAUUCCUCCGAAUGUUGGGAAGGCCCAUUCGUGUGAAUGGAACUUUCUGCAGCACUCUGAAGAGCCGUGUAAUAAACAAAGUUAAUGGCCACCCCAUCAGCCAAUCAGAGAAGAGAAUCCCAUUGUUAAGGGAGAUAAUGCAUAAAAAUUCGAUGGGGGGUGGGGUGGAGGUGCGUGUAGGUGGGCCCCAUGACCCCAAAGUCUGUCCAUAACCGGGCCUAAAGUUAAAGAAGUUUGAGGCUGCGUUAGUGUUUCUCAAAGCCUACAGCGGCUAGCGAGUCUGUGUAUUUGUGUCGAGAUGAAUAUCCCCCCCCCCCUCCCCCCACACACACACACACCCUGCCACAUUGAAUGUUCCUUAUUUUAUUUUCUCAUAGUUGGCAACCUUAGGUGCGACACUUGUCGGCUUUCCAGCACCAGAAACCCCAAAUUGAGACACAGGGCAAAAAAGGCUGAGAAAGAAAUAACAUUAUCAUUCAGUGCCAGUUAAUACGCUGUCUUAUAUCUCAUGCUGUAUGUGAUCUUUCAUUUCUCUCUGCUGUUGGUGUUCCUGAUCAGUAUUAACCUUGAUGUAAAUAUUUUUUGUAAGUGACUUGAAAAAGGAAUGAACAUUAUGAAGCAACAUUCUAGAAUUGGCUCUGAUCCCUGGUGAAAGGUGACCUAUACUUUUUCGCUUAAAAUAAAAUUGAAAAUCCAGGUAAGUCUCCAGCUGUAACUUGCCUGUCAUGAAAAUGCUGUUUACUCCUUUUUGUUUUUCUGCCACAGAACAUUCCAAAGUCAAUGAGCCAUAACCGUCGUUUUAUUUCACUGCCUCCAAAUGUGUCUAUUGAAAAUGUACUAAGUAUGCGUAUAUGUUAAAGUGAACAUAGUUUUGUGGCAUAGUUAAUCAGGUGGGCUUGAUUUUUUUAUUAUUAUUGUCAUUUCUGUAAGCUAAGCCUUGUCUGAAUAUUCGAAAAGCUUUAUUAUUUGCCCUUUAAAUACAUUGUGGAGAAAUGUCAUUGCUUCUUAACUUACAAAGUCUAUACUGUCCUAUGUUAGGCCUUAAUUAGGCCUAGGCCUAUUCUUUGCUUCAGCUGAGAACUAAACUAAAAAGAUGCAUUUGGACUCUAAACCCUGAACGAUUCAAUGCCAUUGUCAUCUCAGGGUUUUGUAAGGUCAAAAGGUAAAACGUGAUGUUCCAAAACAGAGUGCAGGCCUUGGAGAAAAUAUGAAUCAGAUUAUUUGCAUAAUAAGUCAAAGUGCGCCACACGCUGGGCAAUCUUUGAGACACAGCAAUGAAUUCAGUGGCGUGUUUAUUUUUGUUCACCACAUAUUUUGUUCUGGUUCUGAUCGUAGGCUUAUAUCUGUUUGUACUGUUACAAAAGAAAGAAAGAAACCUGAAAAUAAAUAGUUUCAUCUACAUUUUUAUCGUAUUUACAAAUAAA